AUGAACACAGUGUGUCUGAGGCUCCCUGGAGGCUCCUGCAUGGCACCUCUGACAGUGACACUGAUGGUGCUGAGCCCUCGCCUGGCUUUGGCUGGGGACACCCGACCUAAGUCAGGUUUCUUGGAGCAGGCUAAGUGUGAGUGUCAUAUCUUCAAUGGGACUGAGCCGGUGCAGUACCUGAACAGAUACAUCCAUAAACGGGAAGAGAACCUGCGCUUCCACAGCGACCUGGGGGAGUUCCAGGCGGUGACACAACUGGGGCGACCUGUCGCGGAGAACUGGAACAGCCAGAAGGGCAUCCUGGAGGAGAAGCCGGACAAGGUGGACACCUACUGCAGAAACAAUUACGGGGUUUUUGAGAGCUUCACAGAGCAGCCAAGAGUCCAACCUAAGGUGACUGUGUAUCCUUCAAAGUCCCAGCCUCUGCAGCACCACAAUCUCCUGGUCUGCUCUGUGAAUGGUUUCUAUCCAGGCAGCAUUGAAGUCAGGUGGUUCCGGAAUGGCCAGGAAGAGAAAGCUGGGGUGGUGUCCACAGGCCUGAUCCAGAAUGGAGACUGGACCUUCCAGACCCUGGUGUUGCUGGAAACGGUUCCUCAGAGUGGAGAGGUUUACACCUGCCAAGUUGAGAACUCAAGCGUGAUGGGCCCUCUCACAGUGGAAUGGAGAGCACGGUCUGAAUCUGCACAGAGCAAGAUGCUGAGUGGAGUCGGGGGCAUUGUGCUGGGCCUGCUCUUCCUUGGGGCCGGGCUGUUCAUCUACUUCAGGAAUCAGGAAGGUGAGGAACACUCAGGAAUUCAGCCAACAGAGUAUUCCCAGUACCCACUUUCUCAGUGGAAUGACUGUGGGAUCACACGGGCUCAGACAGGCCAGGAUUCAACCUUUGCAGAGUGGGCCUGA